GUUGGACUUUCUGAGUGAAUCACAGCGACUCGACAGUCUGAUGUUGUUCAGCUGAUCCUCCUCGAGGUUGACUUUCACUUCUUGUUGAGGGAGAACGAGUUUCAUUUGUCUUCCUCAGGAGCAGCAGCAGGACCGGACCGGUGUGUGCGUGUGUGUGCGUGUGUGUGUGUGUGCGUGUGUGUGUGUGUGUCGGGUCGUCGGCAGGGAGCAGCUGCGGUCCCAUGCAGGCAGGUGAUGGAGGUCAGCGGGGUUCAAGGUCGAAGCUGCAGAGGAAAACGUCCCCGUCUCUCUUCUCUCCUGACGGCUGGUCCCUCAGAGGGAAGAAGCGGAAGCAGGCCAGCAGAGAUGCCGACUCCCUCAGUCUCUGCAGUCUGGACAUCAACGGCGGAUUCUGAACAGGGAACCAGAAGUCUCUCUAGACCCUUGUGGAUUCUGAGUGCCACACUCUCUGGAUGCUCUCGACAACGCCAGAUAUACCCGCGUUGGAUUUUGUUUUUUGCUAGACCCCCUUUGCCGACCGCGGCUGAACCUUUCACACCCUGGAUGCUCUUCACCCGGUGUAUAAAUACUUCUGGACGCUCUCCCGGUGCUGAGAGAGAGAGAGAGAGAGGACGGAUCCUGUGCCGGGCCUCUGUGUGGAGCAGUAUGGUGGCGGGGCAGCAGAGCCCCGUCUGCCUGCUGGUACAGAGGAUCAGGUCUGGAGGCCCCGUAGCGUUCGGCAAAGGGAACAGCAACAUGGGGAAACAGGCGGAGGAGCCGAGCACCAAGCGCAGCAAGACCGUGUCCAGGGUGACGUCUCUGGCCAACCUGCUGCCGCCCGUCAAGACCGCACCGCUGAAGAGGAUCGGUCAGACGCUGCAGCGCUCCAUCAGUUUUCGUAAUGACGGUCGGACGGAGAGAGCUGCUGCUCCUCCGCCUCCUCCUCCUCCUCCUCCCCCCUCCUCCUCCUCCUCCUCCAACUACAACUCCUCCUUGAUGACGAAGACGCGCGUUGUCUCGGCGACCGUCUCCAACCCCUCCUCCUCCUCCUCCUCCACGACGGCGGCGACGAGGGGUUCCACGGCAACAGCCCCGGCCGCCAAGCGCCGGGACAGCAAGCUCUGGAGCGAGACGUUCGACGUGCGACUGGGGGCGACGCAACCGCUGAGCCCGAAAGAGAUCAAACGACAGGAGGCCAUAUUUGAGUUGGCUCAGGGCGAGCAAGACUUGGUGGAGGACCUCAAGUUGGCGAAGAAGGCCUACCAUGACCCGAUGCUGAAGCUGUCCAUCAUGACUGAGCAGGAGCUGAACCAGAUCUUUGGAACGCUGGACUCGCUGAUACCGCUGCACGAAGCCCUGCUGAGUUGCCUCAGAGACGCCAGGAAGCCCGACGGGUCCACGGAGCACGUGGGACACAUCCUGACCGACUGGCUGCCCCGUCUCUCCUCCUACACGCCGUACUGCAGCAACCAGGUGAAGGCCAAGGCCCUGCUGGACCAGAAGCAGCAGGACGGGCGGGUCCAGGACUUCUUGCAGCGCUGCCGCCAGUCGCCCUUCAGCCGGAAGCUGGGCCUGUGGAACUUCCUGGACAGUCCCCGCAGCCGACUGGUGAAGUACCCGCUGCUGCUCAGGGAGAUCCUGAAGCACACGCCCGGCGGCCACCCGGACCAGCGGCACCUGGAGGAGGCGAUGCUGGUGGUGCAGAGCGUGGUGGCCGACAUCAACCGGCGGACGGGGGAGUCGGAGUGUCAGUACUACAAGGACCGCCUGUCGUACGCCGAGGACGGACAGCGGGACGCGCUCAUCGACCGGUCCAGGACCCUCAGCUGCCACGGAGAGCUGAAGAACAACAGAGGACUCAAGCUCCACGUCUUCCUGUUCCAGGACGUCCUGGUCAUCACCAGGUCCGUCUCGCUGAGCGAGCAGCCGGCCACCUACCAGCUCUGCCGCCAGCCAAUCCCCAUCCGGCAGCUGGACCUGGAGGACGUGUCGGACGGGGAAAUGAGAGUGGGCGGGUCCAUCAGAGGCGCCUUCGGCAACAACGAGCGGACAAAGAACUUCUUCCGGGUGUCGUCCCGGUCCGGAGGUCCGCUUCAGAGCCACUGCUUCCAGGCCAGCGACGCCUUCAACAAACAGCAGUGGAUCAACUGCAUCAGACAGGCCAAGGACGCGGCCGCGCUGACCGGAGAGCCGCCGCAGACGGGACGGUGUCUGGAGACGAGACUGGGCGGACAGAUGCGGCCGUCACUCGGCGGGACGGCGGCGAGUUCGCCAGGGGAUUCGGGGAAUGAGGAUGGACACGGGACGUGGGGGGCGACGGGGACGUGGCUCGGCUCGGAGGGAAAGGAAGGCCCGAGAGGAGGCGAAGAGGCUGCGGGAGGUUUGUCUCGAGAAGGGAGGGAGACGGAGACAGGUUUGGCUGCGGAUGGCGGGACAGGUUUGGAAUUAGACGGAGAAACGGGGAUGGACGGCGAGACGAGGCUGACGAUCGGUGAGGCGGAGACGGGGCCCACGGCAGCAGACUGGAGGAUAGAUGGAGGAGGAGGAGGAGAGACUCUCAGCGGAGGUGGUAAUGAUGAUGUCCCCACCUUCCUCCUCUCGCUUGCCUCUCUCACUCAAGAGCGGGAGGAUGUGACAGAGGGGGUGGAGCAGAGUGUCGCUAAGGGGGAGGAGGAGGUCGGCAUGGAGGUCGGCGAGGAGCUGGCGCUCAGGUGCUGAUGCUUCGGACCAAACUCACGCUGGCACAAUCGAAAUCGGGGGAUUUGAUGAUGCGUUCUGGACGCGGCAAACUGCUGUAUCCCGACUUAACGGUGACUAUGGCAACCAUUCCAGGGAAAGUUGUUCACCUGGAAAACUUUUAUUUUACGCUUCCUCAGGUUGUCCGCUCGCAACUCCCCCACGCACACAUGAAGAGUACAAAAAAGAACUGCUCGUAUUGAGACGGCUCCUCGAGACUUCAAUGUUAAUCGGACCGAAUUCCUCAAAUGCUGAUAAAUAAAAAUGUGAUAUAUGGUUUCAUAUACAUAUGGGGGUGCAGUCGAAUUGUCAAAUUUGCUUUAGGAGGUUUCCUAACCCGGAAGUGACCCGGAAGUAUUUCCUCCAGCAGCCAUGAUAAGAGCUGUUCGGAUUCUCUAAAUGCAGAGGAAAGGAGCUUCAAUGCUUCCUCUCCUACCUCCUUUAGCAGAGGACACACUGGAGCUU